AUGACGACCAUCCUAGAUAUAGUUAAGGAAUGUGACAACUUCAUUUCGCACGAUGAACUAGGGAUUCUGGAGAAAUCGUACACCUUCAAAGUGAACGGUUGCAGUGCCAUAUUAGGAUAUAUUACCCGGGGAAUCGUUGAGAAAAUCCAAUGGUCCGACACGUGGUCAAUUGAUCAUGGCGGAAAAACUGUCACAUUAGCUACGCCAGCUACUGCCACAGCCGAUAUGCGCUCUCCGGUGCUUGAGGAUACCCUCAAAGCCACCAGAAAGUUAGCUGUAAUAUCAAUGCUAGAAAGCUGGCGCAAUGAAACUUUCCCAGUUUAUGGCCCAGAGGGAGAAGUCCUUCUUGAAAUAGAGCGUUGCGCAAGUGCCUUGUUUGGAAUUGUGACUUACGGCGUCCAACUUCUUUCUUACGUGAGGGACAAACAAGGUCUUCGAUUAUGGAUCGGAAAGAGAUCAGCAAGAAAGCAAACGUACCCAGGUAUGCUCGAUAGCACUGCCGCCGGCGGUCUGCCUGCCGGGAAGCUACCUAUUGAGGCUCUCAUAUCCGAAGCCCAAGAAGAGGCGUCCAUACCAGAAGAAAUAGUGAAGAUGAAAGUCAAGCCAAUGAGCCAUCUCACUUAUUUCCACAUCCGUGGGGACAAAGCUGGAGGAGAGACCGGCCUAUUCCAACCAGAGGUCGAGUAUACAUAUGAACUCGAAUUAGAUCCAAGCAUGAUCCCAAAGCCAAGAGAUUCUGAAGUAGAGUCAUUCAGGCUUUACACUAUUGAGGAAGUGGUCUGUGCUUUGAAAGGAGGACGGUUCAAGCCAAACAGUGCUAUUGUUAUUGUUGAAUUCCUCAUUCAGCGUGGGAUCCUGAAUGCUGAAAAUGAGCCUGGCUACUCUGAAAUCUUGUCGCACCUACACCGCAAGCUUGAAUUGCCUGUUCUAAUCCAGCCUUCUAAUUGA